CGCUGGAGCAGGAGAGAGCAGGCGAUGAGAGGAAGCUGCAAUAAACACACAGGGCGUCUGCGCCUUCCUGAAGAGGACAAUUAAGUGAAAACGGCAUCAAUGCUCUAACAAUGGAUGUGUCACCUUUGCUACCGCUUAAAGUUUUCCUCUUCGUUUACUUGCUAAGCUACACCCAAGGACACUACAGGAAUCCUCUGAACAAGUAUAUCCGCCAUUAUGAAGGCCUGUCCUACGACACAGAGCUCGUUCACAGCAAGCAUCAAAGGGUGAAGCGGGCCCUCUCCCAUGAAGACAGGUUCCUUCAUCUAGACUUUCAUGCCCAUGGAAGGCAUUUCAAUUUACGAAUGAAAAGGGACACCACCUUAUUUUCUCCAGAUCUGAAAGUGGAGGUUUCAGGAGAGGAGAUACCUUACGACACCUCUCACAUCUACACAGGAGAAAUCUACGGUGAGAAAGGUACCUUGACUCAUGGCUCCGUUGUGGAUGGUAAGUUUGAAGGCUUCAUACAGAGCUACCACGGGACUUACUACGUGGAACCAGCCGAACGAUACCUGGAGGAUAAAGACGUGCCGUUUCACUCUGUCAUCUACCACGAAGACGACAUCCACUACCCGCACAAGUACGGCCCAGAGGGAGGCUGCGCCGAUAGCUCCGUGUUUGAGAGGAUGAGGAAGUAUCAGGCCUCCGCCGUAGAGGAGCCAGCCAAGGAGCUCCACACUGAGGCUGAGGCUGAAGGCCCCGUGCUGCUGAGGAGAAAGAGGAUGGCCCAGGCGGAGAAAAACACCUGCCAGCUUUUCAUUCAGACCGACCACCUCUUCUAUAGAUACUACAAGAGCAACGAAGCUGUCAUAGCUCAGUUAUUCGAAUCGGGUCAGCCCAUAUGUGGUAAUGGCCUGGUAGAACCCGGAGAGGAGUGUGAUUGUGGCUACAGUGACCAGUGCAGAGACCAGUGCUGCUACGAUGCAAACCAGCCCGACAAAGACAAGUGUAAAUUAAAGCCCAACAAAGUCUGCAGCCCGAGUCAGGGUCCAUGUUGCACGCGUGAGUGCACCUACAAAGGUCGCAACGAGAAGUGCAGGGAGGAGUCGGAGUGUGCCCACCAGGGCAUGUGCAGCGGCACAGGCGCUCAGUGCCCCACCUCAGAGCCAAAGGCCAACUUCACCGCCUGCCAUGGAGAAACUCAAGUCUGCCUCAAUGGGGGCUGCUCCGGCUCCAUCUGUGAGAAGUACGGGCUCGAGGCGUGCACCUGUGCCAGCCAAGAAGGGAAGGAUGAGACGGAGCUCUGCCACGUCUGCUGCAUGGAGAAGAUGAACCCAAACACUUGCAGCAGCACCGGAUCCGAACGGCUGGCUCGCUUCUUCAACAAGAAGGUGACCACUCUGCCCGCAGGCUCGCCUUGCAACGACUUCCGGGGUUACUGCGACGUGUUCAUGAAGUGCCGGCUGGUGGACGCAGACGGACCGCUCGCCCGACUAAAGAAGGCCAUCUUUAACCCAGAACUCUACGAGAACAUCGCAGAGUGGAUUGUGGCUCACUGGUGGGCUGUGCUGUUGAUGGGCAUCGCCCUCAUCAUGCUCAUGGCUGGUUUCAUUAAGAUCUGCAGUGUUCACACACCCAGCAGUAACCCCAAGCUGCCUCCCCCCAAACCGCUGCCAGGCACUCUGAAACGGCGACGGGCGCAGCAGCACGCCAGCUCUCAGGUGCAGCACCAGUCCCAGCACCCUCACGCCCACGGCGCCCAGCGGCAAGCCCGCGGACAGCCGCAGCGGCAGCCGCAGCCCCAGAGGCACCACCGCCAGCCCAGAGAGAACUAUCAGAUGGGCCAGAUGAGACGCUGAGAACCCCUCGGCCCCCCCCCACCUCUCUUCUGCUAACCCCCCCAAUGCCUUGGCUCCUCCUCGUGCCUACAGUGGGAAACAAAAGCGUCACUCCAUCCAAAGAAAAAGCCUGACAUGGUUGUUUAUCGUCGUCAUUUCCUCCAACCUGCAGACAAGCCGCUGACGCGGAACAAGAGUAAACAUUGUCUAAUAACUCAAGCGGCUGUUUGUGGCGUUGACUGGACCUUCAGCCGCCUCCAGCGCAGUGCGAUUAAGCAUCACUCUUCCAUCUUGCUUUUUCCUCCCUUCUUUUUUUUCUCCCUUUUUCUUCGGCGUGCCGAGGAGUUAAACCCGCGUGGCGUCAGUGCAUCCUGUGAUGUGUUUUUUCGGUCCGUUGCAACGUCUUCUUGGAGUGACUAGCCGUGGCUGCUGGUGAAUCCUUCUCCGCUUCUUCUUCUUCUUUUGUUUCUCUCCUCACCAUCCUAGCCGGAAAUGAGACGCCCAGAUGUUUUUUUUCUCUUCUGAUUUUUACACGCGUCGAUCAGCAAAAGAGGCUCCGGUCUCCUCAUGCAGACAUCUUUCUGCAUGUGACUGUAAAUAAUUAGUGUAUCAUAAGUGAAAACAAACUAUUUCUUCUACUGUAAAUGUGUAAUUCUUCACUUUUUUUUUCUCUCUUUUUCUUUUCGGUUAGUGCUCUCAGGAUUAUUAACACAUAAAUGAAGGAACAUUAAGGAUUUGACGCUCUUGUGUCGCCGUCUGUCAGAUCGCAUUCACUUUUACUUGAUUCUAAGAUUAUGAACACUAAGGGCAUCAUCUCCCUGUUUGUUUUUUUUGUUUUUCGGUCUUGCUAACAUUUGGCUGCGUGAGGAGAUGUAGCGUCCCGGGAACAGAAAGGAAGGAUCACGUUAGUAUUUUUGUUCUCGAAGAAUGAAGCUGAUCAUGUUCAAUAAGGAAGGCUAGGAGUCUAGAAAUGAGUCGUGUUACAGAGUUAGUUUACAUGAGUGUGGAAAUAAAUCUUAAAAAUUACUAAAAAAAAAAAAAUGUAAGAUGAAAUCAUCAUAUUAUUCUUCAGAUAGUGAAUCUUAAGAUCUGUUCAAUGUGGGCAUGCAGACACUUUCAUUACGUGUGACGUUGGAUUGACGAAGGUCUGUAAUUUCUGUAUUUCACUCGACGGCUGCUGUUGUUUUUCUUCGGUUCGUUUUUUAUUAACCUGCAGGAAAAGUCCUGCAGCUAUUUCCUGUUCUCGUUCCGAGGAUCAGAUCCCGUAAAGAGCCAAGUUGUUCCUGAUGUUUACAUCAACGCCGUCGUCGAGAGCCGCUAAUGGAAUCUAUCUGGAUCUGGACGGUUUGCUGCAGGAAGGAAAUCUGAUUGGUUUCUGUUUUCAGCUGUUUGCAAAGGAAACAUUUUAGGAAUUUUAUUUAUUAGAAAGCAAGAACUACCUGAUGAUGUAAACUCGUAUGGCUAGAGAGAAGGCGUAAAUAUUUUUUUAGUUUUUUAAAUUGAGGAAAAAUUCAGUAUUUUCACUAACGGAUGUUAUUUUCGGCUCCCACACAGAAACGUGCUUCUGCAGUUGGAUUUAUUACUUCUGCAAAUAUCUUCCACUCCUGUUAGAAUCUGCUGGAUUAUAACCGAUCUGCACUUGUUUCGUUUCUCUACACUAAUUUCAUUGGUGGCAUUUUAUUGUCAGCCAGAGCUACUGAAAGCAAAUCAAAUGUGCAACAAGAGAAACGCCUAAAACUGCAGCUUUCAUCACUUUAAAGGAGGUGAAAGAGAAGCGGGGUUCAACCAGCAGCAGAAGAUAUUUGCAGGAGGGUGAACGUUUGCAAGCGAGUUUUUUCUUUUCGAGGCUGAAAUCAGAGUUUUGAGCAAAGGGAGUGGAAUAUAGACGGUAAAAUAAGGGAUCCUUCUCUACAUGCAUGCACUUAUUUUCUUUCUAGAGGCAAAAUGUCCCCUAUAAUGACACUAAACGUUACGCUUCUGCAAGGAAGAUGCAAAGGUGGAGCACAAGCAGCACAGAUUUUAGAUGACACGUCCCACAUGUGCUUUGACUUUAAGUUUGAAAUGCAUGCAACACUAAUGAGGACUGAUGCAACGCUGGUUAUCCUAAUCAUGAUGUAAGGACACGCCUCCUGCAACCAGGCAGAGAAAUCCGAUAGUUUGAAAGUUGCUCCCACUCCUCAUCUCUGUACAAAAAUGGAGCUUUUUUUUUUCUUCUUCUUCUCCUCAAUCUCAUCUCUAGCGCCAACAUCUCACCCGUCAGGCCUGCAGAAUUUACCUGUAAACUUGUACAGUACCUGGAAAAUAAAUUUGCAUUUAAUUUGAGAAAUGAAAACUACAUUUUUGAUACAUGUAUUUUUUUUUUUUUUUUUCAAAAUUCAGAGUAACUAGUUAAAAAUGUUCAUAUGUGACAAAGUUUCCUCUCCUAAGUUAUUUAUGUUCUUCUUUGUGCAAAAGUAGAACUGGAAUUUUCUUAUACUUUAACGACUCAGUGACGGAGUUCAUGUUGAUUCUUAUUUUUUAUUUUUUUCUCUUUUCCUGUGGCAUGGUUUGGGUAGACGAGCAGAAGUCUAAAAAAAAAAUGCCUGUAAAUUUUAUUUUCCUUUUUAAUUUCGUAGUCUUGGUUUAAAAAAAAAAAAAAAAAACUGUUUUUAGAUAAACGUGCACUGAAAAAAAUGUCCCAAUUGAGUUGAAAUGUUGUAGGUGACGUAGGCCGUAAGAACACAUGAUUAAAGCGUAAAAACCGUCUGAUUUUAAUGUUCACUGUGUUUUAUACAGUAUUCGAAAUUUUUGUUCACUUUGAACAUUUUUACUAAAAAAAAAAA